CUGUAUAGGACCAUUGUUGGCAGUAAUAAUAGUUUUAACUAAAACCAAGGAGCUUAUUGGUGAUCAGCUGAUAGAAAGCACCCUUGCUGGAAACAUUAGUAUGGUUUAUCAAGGCCCAGGACAGGAAGGCUCUACAGGGGGUGAUUAAAACCACCAGAACACCACUGGUCCCAGCUACAGAGCAUCAGUGACAUCAGUGUAGUGAGAUGUCUGUACAGAGUCCAAAGAUACUAAAAGACAACACCCACCCAGCCACAGUUGCUGUGUCUCAAUUCUGCAUCUUUCAGAGGCCGCAUUUGAAGGCCAAUUACGUCAUUACAAGUGAAGGCUGUUCCAAUUUGAAGGUUCCUCCACAUGCGGCCCGCAAAUGCGGCCUUCUUUUACCUCUUUACCUCUCGCUACUCUUCUUUGUGGCCUAACAUAUCCCAAGAUUCUUUGUGCGCUGAAAAAGAAGAAAGAAAAGAGAGAAAAGGGCUUCACUUUUGCAAGCCUUAGCAUCAGAAAUCGUGAUGUAAGGGCAAUACAUCUGGUGAUGCAACCAGGAAAUACUCUGAAGGCUAGACCGUCUCAUUUAUAAACAGCUGACGUGGUUAAUAAGGUCUCUCUGAUGGACUUGCCUUCAAAGAUCACUAAGGCUGGUUCCUUUGAAGGAUGCAGACCCUGAAUUGAGACACAGCAAGUGUGUUCACCCUGCUGCCACCUGACAACAGAUACAGAAGUAUCUGCUGCCAUACCACCAGACUACACAGCAGCUUCUUUACCCAGGCUGUGAGUCUCCUCAACUCAUCCUCAACACUCCACUGUAAAAAAAAAAAAAGAAAAAAAGAAGGCUGUCUUGUAUAAAGUGCAGGAACUGCCACUUGCAUUUCAUGGUGAUAAAUUAAUCUUGAACCUGGAAUAAUCACAAGUGAAUUAAAUACUGUAGUGCACAUAAGUGUGCACUACAACAGAGAAUAGGUAAGGGCUUUGUUCAUCUUAAUUGAGUAUUGAUUAGAAUUGUGUGCAAAAUACCUGAACUGACUGCAUUAAAUCAUAGAAAUCAUCCAGAGAGACGGCUGUGUUCCCAUGUUUUCAUGUAAUUAUGUCAAAUAUUCUUCAACCAAAUCCUUUUCAGUCUCUUCUUUAUUAAAUGCAUGUUUAUUUGUGUGGCUGUCACCGGGCCUUCCCCUUCUACUAUUGUCUCCUAAUAGAAACAACACACAGUGGAGCAUAUGAGGCUUGUUAACUGCCUUUGUGUGUAGGCAUGUUCAGAACUGAGAAGUCCCGUCCUUCCCGACAUUCCCAUGGCUUGUGAAUGCAGCAUCAGAGGCAUCACUGCCGGUAGACGGAGCUCUUCAGUCUUACCUAACGCAAAAGCGAAACAUACACAAACAUGGCGAUAUCUCAGGCAGGCAAGAUGCAGUCCUCCGCUCUGUGCGCCUUAUAUUUAUUAGUCCUCUGGGUUGUUGGAAUAAAUUCGUCGACUCUUCGUCUUCAGCCGCAGCAGCGUUACAUUCUGCCGCAAAACAGAGGAUUUUUCACAAUAGAAGCAUACGAGGGUCUGGCAGACGGAGAUGGAGGAGGCGCCGCGGCUCCGCCGCUGCCUCUGGCCGCUCGUAGCGCCGCUGAAGGCGGGUGGGACUCCGGCGCCUACCCGCAGCAUCGAAGCCGCCGGAGCACCGGUGAACCGGCCAUGCCAAAGGUGUACGGACAGGCCAACCUGAACGACUCUCACAACCAGAUGGUGGUCCACUGGGCUGGAGAGAAGAGCAAUGUCAUCGUGGCCUUGGCCCGGGACAGUGCAGGAGCCACCGGGCCCAAAACCAGCUCUGUUUAUGUUUCCUAUGACUAUGGAACCACUUUCACACUCGUCUCGGAGAAAUUUCAGCUUUCAGGGGUCAAGGCCAAGGACGGCAACAAGCAGGUCAUCUCCCAGUUCUACCACAGCCCUGCAGACAACAGGAGGUACCUGUUUGUAGACUCCACCCAUAACUACCUGUGGAACACCUUUGACUUCUGCAAGAGUGUCCAGGGCUUCUCCCUGCCCUUCAAGCCAACGGACCUGCUGCUCCACAGCAGAAGAUCCAACCUGGUGCUCGGCUACGACAGCUCCCACCCAAACAAACAGCUGUGGAAAUCAGACGACUUCGGGGAAACAUGGGUGUUGAUCCAAGAGCAUGUGAAGUCCUACUUUUGGGGAGUGGAGCCCUAUGACCCCACCACCACAGUGCUGGUCCAGAGACACGAGCCACAGGGUGUCUCCACCAUCCUCAGCAGCACCGACUUCUUCCAGAGUGAACGCAACCGCAGAGUGAUCCUGGAGCAGGUCGACAGCUUCCAGCUCAGAGAAAAGUACAUGUUUGCUACCACCACAAGGAAACUGUUUGGCAGCCACGAACCUUCAUCUGUUCAGCUCUGGGUCUCCUACAACCGCCAGCCAAUGAAAGCUGCCCAGUUUAUGACUCGACAUCCAAUCACAGAAUAUUACAUUGCAGACGCAUCAGAGGACCAAGUGUUUGUGUGUGUGAACCACCUGAACAACGUCACACACCUGUACAUCUCAGACACACAGGGCCUGUCCUUCUCUCUGUCACUGGAGAAUGUUCUGUACUACAGUCCUGAGGGCUCCGGCAGCAACACACUGAUCAGGUACUUUGCCAAUGAGCCUUUUGCAGACCUUCACCGCGUGGAGGGGCUGCGAGGAGUCUUCAUCGCCACGCUCAUUAACGGCUCGGUCAGUGAGGACAACAUGCGAUCUGUCAUCACUUUCGACAAGGGGGGGACGUGGGAGCUGCUUCAGCCGCCUGCUGCCGACAGCCUGGGAGGAACUGUGGACUGCCAGCUCAGUAAAGGUUGCUCUCUCCACCUGGCCCAGCGCUGGAGCCAGCUGUUCAACAUCCAGCUGAGGAGGAUGCCCAUUUUAUCUAAGGACUCUGCACCAGGGCUCAUCAUGGCCACAGGAUCUGUAGGCAGGAACUUGGCCAACAAGCCUAAUGUGUAUGUAUCCAGCAGCGCUGGAGCCCGGUGGAAGGAGGCACUGGCGGGCCCUCAUUUCUACACAUGGGGUGACCAUGGUGGUAUCCUGGUGGCAAUCGCACAAGGAGGUGCCACCACACAUCUGAAGUUCAGCACCAAUGAAGGCGAGACGUGGACCGACUUCCAGUUCUCAGACAGAAAGGUGUACGUGUACCAGCUUCUGACUGAGCCCGGAGAGAAGAGCACCAUCUUCACCAUCUUCGGCUCCUACGCCGACCAGAGACACAGCUGGCUCAUCCUGCAGGUCAACACCUCUGACGUUCUGGGGGUGCCAUGUUCCGAGGCGGACUAUAAGCGCUGGUCUCCUUCAGAUGAGCAUGGUAACGAGUGUCUGUUGGGCAGAGAGAUCACAUUUAAGAGGCGAGCUCCCCACGCUACAUGUUUUAACGGAGAGGAGUUCGACCGGCCCGUUACCAUCUCCAACUGCUCCUGCACGCGCCAGGACUACGAAUGUGACUAUGGCUUCAAGCUGAGUGAAGACUUGUCUCUGCAGGUGUGUGUGCCUGACCCUGAGUUUCUAGGUGACCUCUAUGCUCCUCCAGUGCCAUGUCCUGUCGGUACCACCUACCGUCGUAGCAAAGGCUACAGAAGGGUAUCAGGCGACAGCUGUAGUGGAGGAGACGUGGAGUCCAGACUGGAUGGAGAGAUGCUGCCUUGUCCUGUCGGAGAGAGUAACGAGUUCAUCCUGUAUGCCGUGAGGAACUCCAUCCAUCGCUACGACCUGGCCACCGGCACAGACCAGGCUCUACCUCUGGCCGGACUCAGAGAGGCUGUGGCUCUGGACUUUGACUAUGACAGGAACUGCUUGUACUGGGCUGAUAUCUCACUGGACACCAUACAGCGGCUGUGUCUGAAUGGCAGUACAGGUCAGGAGGUUGUAGUGAGGAAAGAUCUGCAGAAUGUGGAGGCUCUGACCUUUGACCCCAUCAGUAGACUGCUGUACUGGGUUGAUGCUGGAGCGCAGAAGAUUGAGGUGUCUAACCCUGAUGGCGACCUGCGUCACACUUUGCUCAACUCUUCUAUCCUGGAACAUCCCAGAGCUCUGGUCCUGCUGCCUGGAGAGAGUCUGAUGUUCUGGACUGACUGGGGAGACAGAGCAGCUGGAGUUUACCGGAGCUUCAUGGACGGGACCAACGUGUCCUGCAUCGUGUCUGAGGGCGUCCGCUGGCCCAACGGGAUCACCGCUGACGACCACUGGCUGUACUGGACCGAAGCCUACAGCGACCGCAUCGAGAGGGCCGACUUCACCGGCGGCCAGAGGAGCGUUCUCAUGGAGGGGCUGCCCCACCCGUAUGCCAUCGCUGUCUUCAAGAAUGACCUGUACUGGGAUGACUGGUCCAGAAUGGGGAUCUUCAAAGCUUCAAAAGCUGGUUCCCAGAGCAAUGAGCUGAUUGUUGGCAGACUCACCGGAGUCAUGGACCUCAAGAUCUUCUAUAAGGGGAAGAACAGAGGCCAUAACGCCUGUGCCGACCAGCCGUGCAGCCUGCUGUGUCUGCCUCAGCCCGGCUACCGACACACCUGCGUCUGCCCGGACGGCUCCCCGACUGUCACCAUGCCCAAUGGAGAGCUGCAGUGUCAGUGUCCCACCGGCUACCAGCUCCAAAACAGCACAUGUGUCAAAACGGAGCACAGCUGUUUGCCGAACCAGUACCGCUGCUCUAACGGCAGAUGCAUCAGCAGCAUCUGGAAGUGUGACAGUGACAACGACUGCGGAGACAUGAGUGAUGAACAGGAGUGUCCUACCACGACCUGUGAUCCAUCCAACCAGUUCCGCUGCGUGGCCUCAGGGUCCUGCAUCCCCCUGGCCUUCAAAUGUGACCAUGAAGACGACUGCGGAGACAACAGUGAUGAAGAGCACUGUGAGUCUCACCAGUGUGGCCCAGGAGAGUUUACAUGUGCACGAGGUGUUUGUAUCCGUGAAGCCUGGCGCUGUGAUGGAGACAAUGACUGCAGAGACUGGUCAGAUGAGGCCAACUGCACAGUGGGCCACCAUACAUGUGAGGCCAACAGCUUCCAGUGCCACACAGGUCACUGCAUACCUCAGCGCUGGAUGUGUGAUGGUGAUGACGACUGCCAGGAUGACUCGGAUGAAGACCCCCAUUAUUGUGAGGGAACCCGGUGUAAUGGCUUCCAGUGCUCCAAUCACACCUGCCUUCCAGCCACCGCACACUGCAACGGCAUUCAGGAGUGUUCAGACGGCGCUGAUGAGCACAACUGUGACCCCCUGUGUACCCGCUACAUGGAGUUCGUAUGUAAGAACCGAGCCCAGUGUCUGUUUCAGUCCCUGGUCUGUGAUGGGAUCAAACACUGUGAGGACGGUUCUGAUGAGGAUGCUGGGUAUGCUGGAUGUGCCACGCCAUCUGAGUUUGGAAAAGUGUGUGAUGCCUACACCUUCCAGUGUGCCAACGGAGUGUGUGUGAGCCUGGAGUGGAAGUGCGACGGCAUGGAUGAUUGUGGGGAUUACUCCGAUGAGGCCAACUGUGCUGCUCCCACUGAGGUCCCAGGCUGCUCCAGGUAUUUCCAGUAUGAGUGUAGAAACGGACGCUGCAUUCCAACUUGGUGGAAGUGUGACGGAGAGAACGACUGUGGGGACUGGUCUGAUGAGGCCCAGUGUACAGGUGGUGUUACUCCACACACGGUCGCCCCUGGUCCUUCUACUUGUGCCCCCAACCGCUUCCACUGUGGCUCUGGAGCUUGUAUCAUCAACACUUGGGUGUGCGACGGCUACGCUGACUGUCCUGAUGGCAGCGAUGAGCUGGGAUGUCCCACAGCAGCUAAUGGCUCUGUGACGCUGGCUCCAGUCCCCACCCAGGCCCCUCCUCCCCUGCCCGCCCCUGGCCGUUGCAGUCGGGGCCAGUUCCUGUGUCGCAGACCCCCCCACUGCAUCCCCGACUGGCAGCGCUGUGACGGCCAGCUCCACUGCCAGGACGGCUCUGACGAAGCCCACUGCCCCACUCGGGGGCCUCUGUUCUGCAUUAAUGGGACUCGCUGCUCUGAUGGUGAGGCCUGUGUGCUGGACAGUGAGAGGUGUGACGGCUUCCUGGACUGCUCCGACCACAGCGACGAGGACAACUGCACCCUGGACACCCUGGCAUACAAAGUCCAGAAUCUGCAGUGGACACCAGACUUCUUGGGUGCCAUCACCCUGACCUGGUCCCGCCCCAAAAACCUCCCUCUGGACUCCUGUUACUUCCUUAUAUACUACAGGCUUGUUGGCACCCAGCAGUGGACCAUUAUGGACACUCACAGCAACAAGACCAGCUACAAACUGACUGUGCUGAAACCCGACACCACUUACCACGUCAAGGUGCUCACUCAGUGUCUCAGCAAGCUGCAUAAGACCAACGAGGUCAUCACCGUCAGGACACCAGAGGGAUUGCCCGACCCGCCCAGGAACCUGCAACUGUCAUGUGAUAACGGCGAGGACGGGACGGUGGAGGUGUCCUGGAGCCCUCCUGACAAAGGACACGGCCUCAUCAGAGAGUAUAUUGUUGAGUACAGUGAAGGAGGUCCUGACUGGACGUCACAGAAAUGCACCAAAACCAACACUGAGGUGAAGGAGCUGCAGCCUGACACUCUGUACAGGUUCAGGGUGGCAGCAGUGACCAGUCGAGGUGUGGGCAACUGGACCGAGGUAAAAUCCAUCACCCCCAAGAAAGCUCUGCCGCCUCCCUCUGUGAUCGCUGACAGCAUCACCACUGAUUCCAUGAGCCUUUCGUUCAGCUUCAACUCCCAAUACGAGGUGAAGCAGUAUGUAGUGAUUCUGUCCUGGCAGUUUGACAAACACAUCAAGGAGAGCAAGAAUUACACAGUCAGAGAGAGGAUCCUCAAAGCCACAAACCUGACAGCAGGGACGAUAUACGAGGUGGCUGUGUGGGCUCACACCAGUAUAGGAGACAGUCCCACCGCCCUGUCCCAUCAUCAGACCAUCGGCACCCAGCCAGAGGGGCCUGGCCUCAAAGCUCGGGCUCUCAACCAGACAGCUGUGGACUGCAGCUGGACCAUCAGCGGACCCCCUGCUCAGAUGUACGGUGUGUUUUAUGCUACCUCCUUCCUGGACCUGUACCGCAGUCCUCGUCAGGUCAGCAGCACCUCUCUCAGCCUGACGGUCACAGUGGACACUGAUGAACAGUAUCUCUUCCUGGUGCGGGCUGUCUCUCCCUUUCUGGGUCCUCCCUCCGACUACGCAGUGGUGAAAAUGAUCCCCAACGAGAGGCUGCCACCCAGGAACCUCCAUCGAGUGCGAGCGGACAUGACACAGGCCACGCUGAAGUGGCAGCCGCCCUACGAUGCCCCGAACACACCUCUGACAUAUGCGAUCCAUGUGCGGGACGUGAUCCGUAAGGUGGAGCGGGACUACAAGCUGAUCAGCCAGAACAACACAGUUGAGUACCAGCUGAAAGACCUGGAGCCCGGCGGACGAUACAGCGUCUCUGUGCGCCUGCGCAACAUGAGCAAGGAGGCCAGCUUCACUCUCAGCACAGCUCCUCUUCCAGCUCCUGAAGCCCUGAAGAUUUUGACAGAGAAAGACCACGUCUUCCUCUUCUGGAAGAGUCUGGCUGUCAGAGAGAAGGGCUUCAAUGAGAGCAGGGGUUAUGAAGUACAUGUGUAUGACAGUGUGACCAACCAGACGUCCUACCUGGGAAACACCACAGAGACCUAUUUCCGCAUCAGCAGCCUGCUGCUGGGACACAACUACACUUUCUUUGUGCAGGCCCGCUGCCUGCUCAACGGUCAGCUGUGUGGAGAACCUGCGCUGCUGCUCUAUAACCAGCUCACAGCAGGGGCUAGUGAUGCGUCUCGUGGAGAGGGCCACUCAGGAGACAUGGCAGCGGUGGUGGUCCCCGUCCUCUUCCUGCUGCUGCUCGGAGUGUGUGGGGGCUUGGUGGUGCUCUACCUCCGACACCGCCGACUGCAGAACAAUUUUACUGCCUUCGCAAACUCCCAUUACAACUCCCGCCUGGGCUCUGCCAUCUUCUCCUCCGGGGACGAACUGGGUGACGAUGAUGAAGACGCUCCCAUGAUCAGUGGCUUCUCAGACGACGUUCCCAUGGUCAUCGCGUAGCAAGACGUCCCUCCCAUCCCCUAUUUCUCUCCUCCCUUCUCCCCUUCCCUUCUUCUCCCCCCCACUUCCCCUUUUACUCCCCAUCACUCCCCGUCAGUGGCGCGGUGCGAUGGAAUGACGAGGAAACAGGCGGGAAAAUGGCCGCCGUCCCAAAGCUGUUGAUGGGAAACCACCUGAUGAGCAGGAAACAUGAAGAAAAAUGGAAAAGAGAGAAAGAGAUAUUUUUCAAAUAUACAAUGCACUUUUUUUGGAUGCGCAAUAACUUAUUUUUUAUAAUAUUAAAUAUAUAUAUAUAUGGGGUCAUAAAAGGACUGUGAGGAAGAGGUGGACACUGAAGCAAACUGUGAAGGAUUUGAGUUUGUUGUGCGCGCCAGGGAAAGAGAGACCCUAUUUGUAAUGCAAACUCACUAUCCAUAGGAGUGGUUCAUUGCUUAAAGCCAAAAUAAGCAUCCAGAGACUGGAAUAUAGAAUGCAACAACACAAACAUUGAGAAAAAUACAAAUAUAUAGACAAAUGCUGUAUACAAUAUGUACAAAUAGAAAACAUUGGAGCAGUAAAGGUUACACAUUUUGAUGAUAGUACAGGGAGUACUAUAGCAGUUGAUGUAACAGCGGUGCCUAGUGAGAGGCAGUUGGAAGAGUUAACUGUGGAUCAUGUUUCAUCAUUUCCAGAAUCUCAGUUGUUUGUCUAUUCGACUGAUCACCAGUUUAGAGACUGUUGAUUACUGUUAACACAUUGACCGAGUUUUUGACGCUCAGCGCAACCAAACAGCUCAGUGAUUGGAUUUACCAGUGGCACCGUGCCAUGUCCUCAUAGAUACACAUUCAUUUUUCCACCACCAGCACACUGUUGUAUGUCUGUAUGUAGAGGCACCAUGAUAGGAGAGUGUUCCUGGGUUCCCCUCAUAGCAUCGUCGAGCUCAUGAGAACUAUUUGUAAAUACUGGCUUUCUAUAUGUCCUCUCCUUGUAAUGCUGCACCAUGUCAUUCUGUAAAAUGUGUAUUUUUUUUUUUUUUUGGAUAUCGUUCAGGACCACAAAUUAUCGUCCCCAGCAUUUUGCCAUAGCUGUAGUCGUAGAGGAAGUGGGUUCUCAGGGAACUGUGUCAGAGCGGACACCAGCGCAGCACCACCAUCACCAUGGCUUAGGCAGCACUGUCCAUCUGCUGUGGGUGGAAUGACUGGCAGAUGCAGAUUAUUGCCAGUCGUUGUGAUGAAGAGUCAGGCUCAGGCUCACCAUCCAGUUAAAAGAAUUUAAAGGGUUAAUUCAAACAAAAAUCAUUUAAAAAAAACAUGUUUUAACUGACCGUUGUAGUAUCUAGUAAUGCAGAUAGUUUUGAUUGUAUUUCUUUGGUUUUUAGAUAUCUGUCUGUGAGAUUUCAGUGGCAACAUGUCUUUCCAGAAACAGCUUGUUUGCUAAGAGAGACUGGACUAGUUUCUGAUGAAAGCUCAUUCCCCUAAAACAUGCUGACGCUGUGUCUUUUAUUCUUAGUUUUACACCAAAUAGUGGCACAAUUAAUUUGGAUAAACUUUUGAAACCGAUCUCACUGGACGCUUUUGAUCUAACCACGACAGACAACCAGGUUAGCUUGUAAUCCAGCUCAGAAAAAUAAAUGGAUACAUCAACACAUUUUAAAACAUAUGGCAGCUCGCUGCUAGCCUAACAGUUAGCCUGGUCACCAACCAGACAGAAAUUUAACGCAGUUUAGUUUAAUGUGCAAUAUGUAAGAAUUGGCCACCUGUCAAAUAUUCAAAACAAACAGGGGGCAGAGUAUAACCAGAGAAAACACCAACUGCUGCCAAGUGAAGCUGGCAGUGUGGACUGGGAUUCUGACAUGAUGAACCUUUAGGACGUGUAUUGAUUUGCAAACCAUACUGCAUCUCUUUAAUGAAGCAGGUGAAACACAUGGAACUGGAUCUUUUAUUGACAAAUCUGUUUUACAAGGAUACAGAGGUGCUUAUCGUUAAAAUUCUUUCUGGCAUGUCAGUAAAAUGCAAUUACAGACAGGAAUCAAAAUGUCCACAAAUGUAAAUAUUCUCUUUUGUCAUAUCAAACAGAAAAGCAGUAAAUACUGUAAUUAUUUGGCUUUUUCUGUUUUUGGUCUAAAAAUGAUUGAAAUGAUCUUUAUAUUUAGUGAUCUUACUGUGUCAAUCAACUGAUUGUGUCAGCAGCAGAUUUUCUUUGCGUUCAGGGGUGAAGCCACAUAUCAAAUUGAUUAUACAUCUGUAUCUAAGGGUCUCUCAAUUAAAACACUGAAAACAGAAGAUGUAGUUUGGUGACGUGAAAAGGAUCAUGGGAGUGGUUUUCCUCACUGUUCAACAGCCGCCAUCAUAGGCUGCGUCCCUCGCUCUUUAACGUAUCUUCUGAUGUUUCCGUUGAAGUAACUGUCAGGCAACUAAACAAAACUCAUCGCUACCAUGAAUAAAAUUAUGGAUUUCUCUGGUUUGAACAUCUGUGGAGACAUUAUAGUACUCAACACGAAUUAAAUGCAGUCAUUUAAGCAUAUCUUUAAACUGAAUUAAUUCUGGUCUGCGGUUACAAUGGUCCCCGAACAGGGACACUGUUUCUGGAAAGUCUUAAAAUGUCAUUUUGAAUGUUUGAUAAUGUUGGUAAACUGCAUGGCUAGACAACUACAAGGGGUACGUGACGAAACAUGUACUUUUUGCGAUGUGGAUGGUUUCUUUAAGGUACGGUGACACCACUCUUUGGUACCAGUCCAUAGAACAGAGAUAAUGAGGAUGUUGUCUCUCUGUAUAUACAGAAUCUAAGUGUUGCACGUCUGUAAUUGUAUCAACACAGAAACCAUCUUGGGGAAUCAUCGUCUUUGUUCGGCUCCUGCUCCCCCACCACCCCUCACCUGACUCUGUACUGUAGUCUAUUAACUGAUUUGUGUUUUGCCUCUCGGCUUGAGCCAUUUGAACGGAUGGUGUUCUGCUUUCUAUCGACCUUGUUCGUGUUUUGUUUUGUAAAGAUGUCUUCAUGAAUGUAUUUUAUAUCUGUACUUUUUAAGGUACUGUCCCAGCUCAUUAUGCUACUAUCACCACCUGUGAAGUUAAUGCACACUCAGAUUUUGCCCUCGCUCCAGUGGAAUAGUAAACCCAUCCCGAAGAUAACAGACUUCUCUGUUGUCGCUCUGUAGACUGGCUUCUGCAGACAAACUGUAGCUGUUACAACCCGAAUCCAAUUUCCUAACCCAGAGCAACCAGCCGUUUUUGUCAGGUAGAGCCCAGAUGCCUCCUAAAUCAGAUUUAUUUCAUCACCUCUUUCUUCCCCGGAUCUUUUAAUGGUGUCUGUACUGACAUUUAAGGUUUCCUCAAGGCUUGAGCUUAACUUGACGCAGCUCCUCUCACCCUGUUCAUGACCUACUUUGUUCUGUUUUCUUGGCCUUAAAAAACAGAUUUUCUGGCAUUAAUGCUGUGUUUUCUGCUCUGUGGGUUUUCUGAUGUUUCUGUUCUGCCACAUAAUGCCUUAUUAGAACACAUUGGGUUUUAAUGUAAUGUACUGUUUGUAUGAUAGAACACAAGUGCACAUGCAUGCGUACACAUGCAUACACACAGUCACACGGACACACACACUCGGCCCGUACACAAGGCGAAGGAGGCUGAAGUGGAGAUAACUGUUAGGGCAUUUGGUUAAUUUUGUCAGAUCACUGCUCUUUUCUGUGUCGGCUGCUGUAAGCCAGCCACUUACUCUCUUUUUAGUCAGGUUUUACAUGUACAAAGUAUAAUUAUUGGUUAUUAUGUGACCGUUUGCUCCCCACUUGUCUUAAUGUCAACUCUUGUCAAAUAGUUUGCUUCAAAAUGUCAUUGGGCACAGAGUUUUAUCAUGUUGGACUUGGCCAUGUUUGAAGAUGUUAAUGUUUUGCUUGCUUAUCUCGGAGGUUUAAGAACGAUGAGAUGUUUGGAGAAACAGUGUGAGGUGUUUUAAAAACCACUUAUACUGAAAUAAACUUGCUGAAAAUCAA